UCAUAAAAACGGCGACUUCCGACGGCUUCCCGCACCGCUUUUGGAAUCAGGUCUGAACCAAAGCACUAGCUGGAUCUCCUGAAGAGAGAAGACCAAGACUUUUACUAGUUGGAAGCUGUGGUGUAAGCUUUGUGUGUUCGUUUGUUAGUAGCGGUAUUUUUUGGUUUUCAGAUAGUUGGUUCAAAACCAUUGUUCUUGGAAAAGACCUGGAAACUGUAAUUUAGCCCAGGACAGCUUGAUGGGUGAGGAGGAUAGGUCAUAUAAAAAGGGCAGGAGGAAGAAGAGUCGCUCUGAUGCUGCCAAUUCUAACAAAUGGGUAUCCGGAAGUGAAGCUGAUGGGUCUUUUAAAGCUCGACAACACUCUAAGUACGAGACAGAUUCUGCACCACGAAAAUCUGUCAUCAGGAAGCAGAUUGAUCCUGAAACUACUAAGUACUUCUCUGAAAUUUUGAAUCUUUUCGAAAGUAAAGAGGUCGACAUGGAGGAGCGAGCAGUGAUAUGUGGUAAUGCUCUUGAAGAAACCAGGGGGAAGGAGUUUGAACUUGCAACUGAUUAUAUCAUUAGCCACACUUUGCAGUCUCUCCUUGAGAAUUGUGAUGUAAACCAUCUUUGUGCUUUCCUACAAAGCUGCAUAAAUGACUUCCCUUUAAUUGCAAUGGAUCGGUCUGGUUCUCAUGUAGCUGAGACCGCUAUUAGGUCUUUAGCUAAGCAUCUUCAGGACAUGGAGGUCUACUCUCUUGUUGAAGACACUGUGACCAUGAUAUGCAGGGUGAUCAUAGAAAAUCUGGUUGAUGUCAUGUGCAACUGCUAUGGAUCACAUGUACUUCGAAGUCUUCUUUCUCUUUGUAAAGGAGUUGCAUUAGAUUCUUCAGAGUUCCAUGCAACAAAGUCUUCUACAGUUCUAGCAGAGAGAUUGAAUUUCAAGGCAUCUCGAUCAGAUAGAGAUGCUUCAUCACAUAUUCAUCAAGGAUUCCCAGAUUUACUAAAAUUCCUUGUCUCAGGAAUGUUAAAUUCUACCAAAAAAGACAUUAAGACCCUGAGAGUUGAUCAGUACAGCAGUUUGGUUUUUCAGAUUGCUUUAAAGUUUUUAGUGGGAUAUGAUGAAGAAUUGUUGCAAAUGAUAUCUAUCCUUCUUGGGUGUAACAAGGAAGACUUUGCGGAGGGAAAUUCCAUAAAAUCAAAUGUAGUGCAAAACAUUGUACGUUUAGUAAAAGAAACUGCAUUUAGCCAUUUGAUGGAGGUCAUUUUGGAGGUGGCUCCUGAAGUUUUGUACAAUGAAUUGCUCAAGAAAGUUUUUAGGAGUUCAUUGUUUGAGCUUUCAUCUCAUCAUUGCGGGAACUUUGUUGUUCAAGCGCUAAUAUCUCAUGCAAGAGAUCAAGAGCAAAUGGAGUUGAUGUGGGAGGAACUUGGUACAAAAUUUAAGGAUAUUCUAGAGAUGGGAAGACCGGGUGUUAUUGCUUCACUCAUUGCUGCAAGUCAAAGGCUCAAAACUCACGAACAAAAGUGUUGUCAGGCCCUUGCUGCUGCAGUGUGUUCAGGAGAUGAGUCUCCAACAUGCGUUGUUCCUCGAAUACUGUUUCUUGAUAGCUACUUCAGCUGUGAAGACAAGGCUAAUUGGAAUUGGCCUAGAGGUGUUAAAAUCCAUGUCAUUGGUUCUUUGAUUCUGCAAGAAGUUUUUCGAUAUCAUAGUAGAUAUAUACAGCCUUUUAUCACAAGCAUUGCAUCCAUGGAGGCUGAUAACAUCCUAGAAGCUGCAAAAGAUACAGGAGGUGCCCGUGUUAUUGAAUCCUUUCUAAGUUCAGAUGCUACUGCAAAAAUGAAACGGCGACUAAUUGCAAAGCUACGUGGACAUUUUGCAGAGCUUUCAAUGCACUUGUCUGGUUCAUUUACUGUUGAAAAGUGUUUCACCACCAGUAACAUGUCACUACAAGAGGCCAUAGUAGCUGAGUUGUUAGAGGUACGAAGUGAGCUUUCCAAGACAAAGCAAGGCCCUCAUCUCAUAAGGAAACUAGAUGUUUAUGGAUUUGCUGCUCGACCUGAUCAGUGGAGGUCCAGACAAGCAUCAAAACUAUCAGCUUACAAUGAAUUUUGUGCUACAUUUGGUUCUGGUGAAAACAAGACAUCCAAAAAUAGCGGCUUUCUUUCUGAUACUUCCGAGAAGGUAUCAAGGCCAGAGACAAUAAAGCAAAUGAGGAAAGAGAUUGCUGAUGGCCUUGCUUCUUCUACACCAUUUUUAAGUAAGACAGCCUUUAAACGUAAGCCAAAAGAAGCAAAAGAACGCGGAAAGAAAUAUGCCAAAACUUCAGCAGAUGAUGAUGUCUCAGAAAGGAAAAAAGAAAAUCAAAGAAAAAGAAUUAAGAUGGCUUAGAAAAUUUCUCUCCUGGAAGUUAAAAAACAUUGGAGAAGUUCAGGAAGUUAGGGGCCAUCUGGUGCAUGGAAAAGACACAGGAAACAACGCAAGUUUAUUUUGAAAUUUUUGACAAAAGCAAAAUAGGCUAUAGCUGUAACUCAAUUUUUAUUUUUAGUUCGAAAUUUUGAAGCCUUGUAAUUUGUACCACAAUUUUGGAUUUUGUUCUAUAUGUACAUCCAAAAAUUAUUUA